AUGUCGCGGCAACACGUAAGAGUGUACCACGAGGCGCAGAGGCCGCACCCCGCGCACGGCUCGUCCGCCGCCGUGCCCGUCACGGGCGGCGAGCGCGCCGCUGCUGCGGCGGCGCGCGCAGGCGGAGCGGAGGCCGCCGCAAGGCCCGCGGCGGGCAAUCUGGAGAGCUUCCUCGCGCACGUCACCCCGCACGUCAAACUGCGCUUCCUCCCCCAGGACUGGUGCGACGAGCACAGCAACGGCGCGCGCGCCAAGCAGCCCCCCGGCGCGCCUCCCGCGGCGUUCUUCGCGCUGAGCGACCUGUGGGACGCGCUGGAGGACCUCCCCGCGGGCCCCCCCGCGGGCCUCCCCACGCCCGCGCCCCCCCCCGCCCCGCGCCUGCACGCGCGCAGCCCGCUGGAACAGCCCAGCCUGGCGUCGUCCCCCCAUUCCCCCCACUCCCCGCACUCCUCGCACUCCCCGCACUCCCCCCCGCACUCCCUGCGCUCCCCCCACUCCCCCCACUCCCCCCACUCCCCCCACUCCCCCCACUCCCCGCCGUCCCCCUGGGAGGCGUAUGUGGAGGGGGGUGGCAACGGGCGGUGCGAUGAGGGCGAGGAGGGCGAGGAGGAGGCGUGGUGCAAGGAGGGCGAGCAAGGCACGGAGGGUGUGGAGGAGGGCAUGGAGGCGUGGUGCAGGGAUUGCAGUGGCGGGCGGCCGCUGCUGGAGUUCUUUGAGCGCGCACCACCACACUGCCGCCCGCCACUCUACACCAAGGUACCUGCCUAA